AUGGCAGAUACUCAGUCCCGCAAGCGCUCAAGGUCUGCCGAUGGCGCGAACUCCGGGAGCGAGUCCUCCGACGAUGACUUUGGCCCGGCUUUGCCAUCUUCAGUCCCCCCGAAAAAGAAACGCAAGCUCCCAUAUGAAUCUCUGUACGUGGACGCCUUACCAAAAGGGCUGAGGUAUUCCAAGUCAUUGAUGCACAAGGAUCAGCUGCUCGCCGUGACGAUUGCGCCGUCGCCCGCUGAUUUCGUCAUCACCACUUCCGUCGAUGGCGUUGUUAAAUUCUGGAAGAAAAUCGCCGUUGGGAUCGAGUUCGCCAAAGAGUAUCGGGCACAUGAAGGACGAAUAGUGAGCUCCUCAGUCAGCGUCGACGGAGCUUUCUUCGCCACAGCUGGUGACGAGGACGACAGCACCAUCAAGAUUUUCGACGUCAUUACCUUCGAUCUACUGGCUAUUUUGAACCUUGAGAGCCCAGCUUCUUGUAUAUGUUGGGUACAUCGGAGAGGAGCUUCGCCGAUAUUAGCGGUCGCUAGAGGCAAAGAGAUACAUAUCUACGACGAUCCCGGUAACUCACAGACGCCCGUGCAAACUUUGUCUUCCCUUCACAGAGCACCGGUGGUUGCUAUGGCGUACAACCCAGCCUUUGACUGCGUCGUGUCGGCGGACUCCACCGGCAUGAUCGAAUACUGGCAACCGGGCGACAACUACGAAAAGCCGGACAGCGUUUUCAAGAUGAAGUCAAUGACAAAUCUGUUCGACUUCAAAAAGGCAAAAUCCGCCCCUUGCUGUAUCACAAUAUCGCCCUCGGGCUACCAGUUUGCCACGAUAUCAUUUCCAGACCGGAAGAUUCGAGUUUUCGACUUUGCUUCCGGCAAGCUCUAUCGUUCAUACGAUGAAUCUCUCGAGACAAUAACCUCGAUGCAACAAGCAGGGACUGCACUCCAGAAGCUCGAUGAGGUUGAGUUUGGACGGAGGAUGGCGGUUGAGCGCGAACUCGAUAGCCCAACCGUCAGGUCGAGAAUCAACAUUGUGUUUGACGAAUCAGGCCACUUCAUUGCGUACGGGUCGCUACUAGGAGUCAAGGUCAUCAAUACCCUCACUAAUCGAGUGAUGAAAGCGUAUGGCAAGGACGAACCAUUCCGUGCUCUGAACGUGGCUUUGUAUCAGGGCGCUCCCCAGAAGAAAGACGUGGUGACAGUGUCGAUGGCUGCUAGUGCCAAUCCCCUGCUCAACGAAGCCGAGGCCAGAGACCCCAUGCUGUUUGCGACUGCAUAUGGCAAAGUGCGAUUCUACAUGUUCACCAACGACGAAGAGAUUAGCAAAUCCACUCGAGAUGUGCAGAAUGAGAAACCACGAGUCAUAUCUGGAAAGAAAAAGGAAGAGAAGAAGGCUCAGUCGGGCACAUCUGCCGUCCUGCAUACCACCUAUGGCGAUAUCCAUAUCAGACUGUUUCCGGACAAGGCACCAAAGGCCGUGGAAAACUUCGUCACCCACGCAAGGAACGGCUACUACAACAACACGAUCUUCCACCGCGUGAUCAGAAAAUUCAUGAUCCAAGGCGGAGAUCCGCUGGGCGAUGGCACUGGCGGCGAGAGCAUCUGGGGGAAAGAAUUCGAGGACGAAUUUUCUGAUCUCAAGCACGACAAGCCGUAUACCGUGAGUAUGGCUAAUGCAGGACCAAACACAAAUGGGUCGCAAUUCUUCAUCACCACCGAGAAAACAACUUGGCUGGACAACAAGCACACCAUCUUCGGACGUGCGUACAAAGGUUUGGAUGUGAUCCAUCAAAUUGAAAACACAAAGGUACGAAAGGAGAAGCCAGAGGAGGACAUUAAGAUAGUCAAUAUCUCAAUCAGUUGA